CGACACGAACAUCGAUUUCGUUGUUACGAGAGGCCAUGCUGGUUUCCAUGACAACUUGGAAGUAACGCAACACGCGUAUGGUGUUCGCUCCUCAACUCUUGGUGGUCUCAUAACAGACGUGGCUCGGAAAUGACUCAGAAACAGACAUCGCUUUACGAUGUGGUGAAAGAGAGGCUCCGAAAGGGACAGAGGGUGACUUAUCUCCACCGCAUCACUUACGUGGGGGAGCACAGUUUCCGUGAUGAUCCGACAGUGAAGCAGCUGUACGAAGAAAUCAUCAGGGACAUGAACUCUGAGGACCCUGACGAAAUCCUCACAGGAUUCCUGCUGUGCUACGACGAGUUCUUCGUACAUAUCUUGGAGGGAUCCGAAGAAAUGAUUCUACGGCACCUGCACAGGAUAUACGCCCUGGUAGACGGGGGCGAAGCCCGACUUGGCACCAUGAAAUUGCUGAUCGCCUGUCAUAACGUACGUCAGAGAUUUUACAAACAAUGGGCCGCGCGUACUACUAGACCCCCAACGCUCCUUCAGGACAUUGAUCCUGCGUGCGAAGCAGAAACAACAUGGCGGCACGUCAGAACCUGCAUCACCAAGCUGCACCAACUGUCCAAGUUCUUGAGCCAGCGAACAGGGGUGGCUCUGAAGACUGUGAUUGACCGUUUAUCAGAGACAGUGCCAACUUGUUUGCCUGAGUCUGUGCUCCUCAACUUCGUGCUACAGUGCAAGUCUCUCCCCAACCUGCGGAAGUACAUGAACGCGCACUGUACUAUAUCCACAAGUGAAUCUUACCAGGAAACAGUGUGGCCCAUCCCAGGGGAACUUGUCCCACUCAACCUACUAGACACUGAAGACCAUAAAUUCCUGUGUGACAUGGAUGUGAUGACAAGACCACUUCCACCCACAAAAGAAGAUUCCCAGUCAUGAAGAAAUACAGUGACUGACACUCA